GGCGAUUCAGCCAUUUGAUUGACGGUCACGGUUUUAACUGUUGACAUCCUGCUGGAUGGUGAAGUUAGCUUGCUGGACGACCUCCCAAUUACAUGCUCCCAAUUUCCUCUAGGCAUUACGGUUAGCCAUGCCACUGCAGGCCUUCUCCUUCCCUUGCCCUGAAACUCGAUUCUUCAAAGCAGGUAGUUUUAUCUACAAGUUCAAGAUCAGAGGAGGCAGCAGCUUCAGAGGAGAGAAAAAUAUGGGAGGAAACUGCCUCAAUCAGCAACUGGAGGAAAUUAUCAGAACUGUUCUUGGCAACCUGGACAGUCUCCAACCCUUCUCUAGCUCCCACUUCAUUGUCUUCCCUUAUAGGAAGAGGCGAGAGGGAGCGUCUAAGGUCAUGUGCAAACAUGGUGAGAGGAAACUGAGAGCCUACCCGUUUACUCUUAUCCUCUACUUGGAGAAAAACAUGCAGAAUGAGGAAGCAAAGCAAGUAGAGGAGAAGCUGAGCUCAGAGAAAUACGUGGCACAGCAGUUCCCCCCUGUUUCUGAGCCCCAGUCAAAGCGCCAUAAAAGCGAUUCACCACUAGAGGAGGCCAUACUAAAGCGCUUAAUCAAGGACAUGGAGGCUGAAGGCAAGGUUUCUGUGGUUGGCAGGCUCCCUCUGUAUUGUCCACAUGCAGAGAGAGAGGUGAAAGAAGAUCCAGGACAUGCUGACAAGAAAGGUUCCAAGGGGUUUGACGAACCCCAGCAGAAAUCAGGUGUCAACACAGUCAGAGGAAGUUGGACUGCAGGUGAAGUGCAUCCUGGGACAAUACAGAACAUGGGAGAGGAGGAGAGUGAUGAGAAGGAAGAAAAUGCAGACCCUGGGGAACCAGGGAUUUUGACUCGAUUGGCCAGCCAUAUCUUCCCCUUCUCCUUGUUCUUCAGGGACCCCUGAGGGCCGUGGUAGAGAGACAGGAGAUGUUACUGGUUCCAGCAGUGGAAACUCACUGGGGUUUGUCUGGCGAUCAAAAAAGUUUUCAGAUUUUCUUAAUUUUUCACGAAUAGUAUUUCGUUAACCUGUUGGUUUUUAGUUUUCCUUCAUCCUCCAUUGAUCAUCUUCGAUAUCAGUGUCAUUGUUUUUUUCCAUUUUGCUGAGAUUUCUCCUCUUCAUGUUGUAGCUCUUUGUUGAUACCAUGAGCAAAUAAAUACAGUAUGGUUA